CCUCGAAAAUUCAGUUACCGUUCGGCAUUCGUUUGAAUAGCACACAAUCCAUUCGAUUUUUGAAUAGAAAAACACAGCAGUUUGUAAGCAAGAAAGCGCUGGCGAUGGAUGUGGACUUCGCUGUGGAAAUGGGAGGCGCUCGUCGGGCGCUCCAGCGAACGCUGAUCAGUUGCUGCGAACAGCUGCUGGAGAUGGCCCUGACUUUGACCUAUGAAAGUGGUCAAUUCCUGCGCCGUCUGUGGGCUCGCAAGCCCCUGGAGUACCCGCCGAGUGGUCAAGAGGCCAGUGGCGAUGGCUGGGUGUUCGGUAACCGGCAGUAUCGUAGCCAAAAUCCCAGGAUGUUCGUUCACCAGCCGAAGGCAGCUCCUCCAGUGUCCUGGAAUUCGGGUGGCGAGGGUGACUUCCUGCGGAGCGAGGACAAGGUCGACCGUCCACUUCCGCGACUCGUGAGCGUGGCCUGCGGUUUUGCAAAGGACUCGGCCGAGUAUCCCCAGUAUAGUCGUGGCAAGUUCGGCGAGGAUGCCUGGUUCAUGUCCUCCAACGCGCAGGCCUAUGUGCUGGGCGUGGCCGAUGGCGUGGGCGGCUGGCGCAAUUAUGGCAUUGAUCCCGGUGAGUUCAGCAUGUUCCUCAUGCGCUCCUGCGAGAGAUUCUCGCGGGCCCAGGACUUUGUGCCGGAGCGACCGGACCUGCUGCUGGGACGGGGCUAUUGCGAGCUCCUGGAGCAUAGGUGCCGCAUUGUGGGCAGCUGCACGGCCUGCAUCCUAUCCCUCAAUAGGGCGAAUAGCACCCUGUACACCGCCAACAUCGGCGACAGUGGCUUCAUGGUGGUGCGAUCUGGUGCGGUGAUCUGCAGGUCCCUGGAGCAGCAGCACCACUUCAACACGCCCUAUCAGUUGUCCUCUGCGCCGCCGGGUCACGAGGACAAUGUCCUGUCCGAUGGCCCCGAAUCGGCGGAUACCAUCAAAUUGCGCGUCGAACUGGGCGACGUCAUCCUCCUGGCCACCGACGGCGUGUACGAUAAUGUGCCCGAGGCCUUCCUCGUCGAGGCUCUGACGGAAAUGUCCGGGAUCUCGGACCCGGUGCGCCUUCAAAUGGCCGCCAAUGCGCUGGCCCUGAUGGCCCGCACCCUGAGCUACAAUCCGAAUCAUGAUUCUCCGUUUAGCCAGAAUGCCCGGAAACUCAACAUAGAGGCGUCCGGUGGGAAGCCAGACGAUAUCACGGUGCUGCUGGCCUCGGUUGUCUAACAUCUGGCCAACGAAGAAUCUGGAAAACGGGCCUUGAGCUGGGGGGAAUCACAGGGAUGGGUGAAAGGACUGUUGGUCCCUGGCAGAAUUUACUAACAAAUGAGCGAGCACAUUUGUUGGUAACAACUGUUUGGAAAAGCUGGUCUUAGGCCAGCAAACAUUCACUGGCAAUAGUUCUUCUCCUAUCCCUUGGAACUGCCCCUUUUCCGACACUUUUUUCAUCACUCCUCGUUUUUAACAAACAGUUCCAGGCAAUGCCAUGUAAAAAAAUAUUUCAAAAUUGUUUUAAGUGUAAUAAAAUUACAGUUUUUGUUAAAUUUUCUAGCUAUACUAAA